AUGCCCUCACACCUGACCCGCGUCGUUUUCCGCAACAUCAUCGCCAACGAGCCGCUGCUAUACCGAGGAUGUCGCUACCGAGCCCUUCGACCCCGCGUAGUCACACAGCACGGCGCCCGCUCGCUCCCACAAACCCAGCGCCGGACCUUCUUUGGAGAUUUGUUCAAACAGCGUCGGAAGCUCAAGCCUGCAGAGGCCCCGCCCGGACUGAGCAAGAUGGCCGAGGUGUCAUAUGCGCAGGCGAAUUCCGUCAGGCCGCCGAAACCGAGCGAGGUUGCAGAUGCAAUCAAAGACUUCUUUGCGCAGAGAAAAGGCACCUUCGAGGACUGGCACGUAGCGAGCGCACAUCAAGCCUUUCAAUAUCUGCUGGCAAAUCCAAGAGAAGACAAGCAGCCGUGGUUGAAUAGGCACGAUCUUGAGAAUGUUAUGGAGAACCUGCUGGAUACUUCAAAGCGGCCCGAAGUUUUGGGCAAUGCGCACAUUAUGUUCGGUCGGCUUGUCGUCGAUCAGAUGGCCAAGUUGAUGGAGCAGCAGUCAGACAAGGGGGCGGAUGAGAAGAAGAAGAAAUUGGAACACAUGGGCAUCCCACUCGACAUGUACACCAAGUGGAAACAGAUCCAAGUGCUAUCUUUGUUCGGCGCGACUACCGAAGCGAGAGACAUGGCGGUGCACGCGUUCAAAUACGACGCAACUGCAAGUUCUCGGGUACGUCAUACCAUACUGGCUGCCUGGCACACCAUACUUGGAGGAGUCACCCGCGAGGGCGAUUUGAACGAGGUAUCCAAGACUGUUGAUGCUUUCAAAGAGGCCUUAAUGCCCUUGACCAAACCCGCUCAAAACAAACUUGUGUCAUUCUACGCUGAGCGUAGAGACCUGGACAAGGCCAAGUUCUGGUAUGCCCAGCCUGUUUACACCAAACUCAACCAGGAGCCUACGCAGCCAUUGGGGAGCACCAGCUCUGCACUGCUCAAGGCUUGUGCCGCAGAGGGCGAUUUGACCUUUGGUCAGCAGGUAAUCGCAACUAUGCUCAAAGAUGACAUGCCAUCCAAAGAUUCAUGGGACGCAAUCUUUCUCUGGUCCGUCGCUAUUGGCAAAGGGCCAGACGAAAUCGCACGCAUGAUGGAUGUUCUAGUACGCCGGAAUGACGAAGCACGGCGCAAGGACCCGACCACCCCCGUGAUACGGCCAGACACUACAACUAUCAAUACCUUGGUAGAGCAUUGCAUGUCGAAACAAGACCCGUACAUGGCCGAGCGCUACAUUGUCCUAGGAGAAAAGCGCGGGAUCCACCCAGACGAGAUCACCUAUAUGAUGCAGAUGCAGUACCGCAUCUCCGUUGGAGACCUCGAUGGGGCUAGGGCUGCCUACUUCAACCUACAAGGCUUCUUUUCCGGCGAUAAGCGUAGUGUUGCAGUCAUCAACGAACUAAUCCGCGUCCUCUGCGUAUCGAAACAACAUCACUUUGAUGAGCUCAUGGCCAUGGUCGACGACCUUCAUGAGCGCAAAGCCAACUUUGAACCAGAGACUGUCGCAGCACUUACCCUUCUUCAUCUCCGGAGAGGGGAAAUCCAUGACGCCAUGGACCUCCUCCAAGUGCACGCACACCAGUACUCCCCCGAACAGCGGACAACCAUCCAGGACGCGCUUCGCGUCUUCAUCCACGACGGCGAAACCAGCACAGCAGAUGCCUGGGACGGAUACCAAAUCCUACGCAACGUCUUCCCCGAAACACCCCGAGAAGUCCGCAUUCCCAUCAUGAACGAGUUCUUCAGUCGCAACCGUUCCGACAUGGCAUGCCACGUCUUCUUCCACAUGCGCAACCACGUUUCCCCAACACACACGGCAACCCGCGACGUCUACAUUGCAGCCUUCACCGGAUUCGCACGCUGCCAGGACGCCGAGUCGCUCGAACUCGCGCACAACCAACUCAAACUCGACCUCAAUGUCGAAAUGGAUACCCAGCUGCGCAACGCCCUCAUGCUGGCGUAUGCGGCGACGGGCGAGAACCGUAAAGCACUCGGCUUUUGGCGCGAGAUUUGCGAGUCGAGAGAAGGGCCGAGUUAUAAUAGUCUGGCGAUUGCGUUUAGAGCGACCGAGGGGACGCACGCUGGAGGUGAGCAUGCGAGGGCGAUUUGGAAGAGGCUGAGGGAGCAGGAUGUUGAGAUUGAUAAGAGGAUUUGGACGGCAUAUUUGUGUGCUGUGGCGAGGAAUCAUAAUCAUGAUGAGGCGUUGCAGUUGGUUGAGAGUGUGGAGGAGGAUUGGGGGUGGAGACCGGAUUUGGAUAUUCUGGGUGGCUGGUUUAAUUGCACGGCGAAUAUCGAGAGGCAGCGCAGGGUCGAGGAGUGGAUCAAGAAGAGGUAUCCUGAGGUGUGGGCUGAGAUGGAGGCCCUGGGCCAUUGGGUCACUAUGGAUGGAUUUGGCUAUCGGCAGUAUAAUAUUAAUCGGGAUCUUGAUCCGUAG